GGGAAUGUGAACUGCGCCGAGCCGGUAACGGACGUGCGGAAGGGUUGGGUUACACCGCUGGGAGAUUGCGGCCAGUGACUGUACAGUGAAAGCAAAACGGUCACGUAAGAGACAGGAAUGGCGCUUCGAGAUGAGCUUUUGAAAGUGAUCUGGCAUGCAUUUACCGCUCUAGACGUCGACAAAUGUGGAAAAGUGUCCAAAUCCCAACUCAAGGUCCUUUCCCACAGUCUUUGCACAGUGUUGCAAGUACCUCAUAAUCCAGUGGCUUUGGAAAACCAUUUUAAGGAUGAUGAUGAAGGACCAGUUUCUAACCAGGGAUACAUGCCAUAUUUGAACAGAUUUAUCUUGGAUAAGGUUCAACCAAACAGCUUUGAUAAAUCUGACUUCAAUAGGAUGUGCUGGACACUCUGUGUCAAGAAAAAUCUGAACCGCAACAAUUUACUGAUCAGUGAUGAUGAUACUUUUAAAGUUUGGUGUAUCUUCAACUUCCUCUCAGAAGAUGUGUAUCCUCUCAUCAUAGUCCCAGAAGAGAUUGAAUAUUUCCUGCGGAAACUAACUGAAGCAAUGGGAGUUAAUUGGCAGCAGGAACAGUUUGAAGACUACAGAGCUCAUCUUGGUGCCAAGCGGUGUGGCCUUUCUGCUUGGGAGUUCAUUGAACUGAUUGGCUCUGGCCUGUUCUCUAAGGGCAUGAACAGACAAACAUUGUCCAUGGCAAUCAAUGAAGUUUACUGUGAGCUCAUUCUGGAUGUGCUGAAACAGGGUUAUCUAUGGAAAAAAGGACACAAAAGGAAGAACUGGAAUGAGCGUUGGUUUUUACUGAAGCCUGAUAUAAUUUCAUAUUAUGUUGGUGAAGAUCUGAAAGAGAAGAAAGGAGAUAUUUUAUUGAGCUCCAGAUGCUAUGUGGAGUCUCUACCGGACAAAGAUGGAAAGAAAUGCCUCUUGAUGAUCAAAUGCGCUGAUAAAAGUUUUGAAAUUAGUGCAUCUGACAAGAAGAAGAAACAAGAAUGGAUCCAAGCUAUUCAAACAGCCAUCAACUUUUUGAGGGACCAGAGGCUUCCCCCACACAAGGAAGGACGACAGAAACGGCGAGAGCUACGACAGAAAAUACAAGCAGAACAAGAGGAGAUAGCACAACGAAUGAAAGAGCUGCAAAUGGCAAACGAAGACAAACAGCAAGAAUUGGAGAAAAUGCGGAAGGAACUGGAGGAUGCUGCAACACAGGCUGCUCUUGAGGAGAAAAGACGCCUACAGACACAAAUGCAGCUACAAGAUCGAUUCAGACAGGAACUGGAACGAGAAAAAAAUAUCAGAGAGCAGAUGGAAGAGCAAGUAGCUCAGAAGUCUACUGAACUGCAACAGUACUUGCAACGUGUGAAGGAACUGGAAGAAAUGUACAAAAGGCUCGAGGAAGCCCUUGAGGAUGAGCGUCAGGCUCGGCAAGAGGAGGAAUCUGUCCGAAAACUUCAGGCCAGAUUGCUGGAAGAGGAGUGCAGCAAACGACUGGAUUUGGAGAGGCUACAUUUAAAACAACAACAAACCAUACAAACGACAGAAGCAGAAAAGCAAGAACUGGAAAACCAGAGGGCAAUGAAAGAUCGAGCUUUGGAGGCAGCAAUGAAGCAACUGGAAGAACUUGAGCGGGAGAGGAAACAUGCGCUUGAGCAAUAUGGGGAAGCAGCAAAAAAAUUAGAGCUGGCAACUAGCAAAACAAAGAACUGGAAGGCCAAGGUGGCUCAACAUGAAGGAUUGCUACGACUUAUAGAGCCAGGUCCAAAGGGCCGUCAGCUAAUCACUAAUUGGGGUCCAGCUGCCUUCACAGAGGCUGAGUUGAACCUGCGGGAAAAGAGCUGGCAAAAACAGAAAAAUAGUGCAAUGCAGUAAUCUAUUAUUUCAUAACAGAUCAAAGUUUUACACUGUUGUGACAGGCUACACACUGGAAUGAAAUGCUAUGGACACAUUCAUUGUGGAAGCAGAACUGUUUUGAACCUGUUAUGCCAAGGAGUAUUUUAUACUAAAAUCUUAAUGUGUUGGAACCUCAAAUGUAUGCUGGCACACACAGAGCAAAGGACAGCUUAUUUGCAGUUGAUAUGAACUUCUAUUAGACUAAAUAUUGUCAAGUUAAUUUUAAAUACAUUUAAAGCUUGCUUUCAGCAUUCCGUAAUUUUUAUACUUGGCUUGAAACUGAUUUUUUUUUUGCUUGCUUCAGUUUUUAGCUGCACUGUUGUAUUAACUUUGCACUGAGCUGGAAGUGUGACUGAUUUGAUUUAGUUAUGUAAUUUUGUAGUGUCAUAGGAUAAAUUUGGUGUUGUUAUUACUUUUAUUCACAGCACUAAUCUCAAUUCACAAUCUUUCACUCUCCAUUUGAACUGUUACAAAACAGUCAGCUAAGGCUGUAGUGUUUACAAAAUGUAAUGUUGAAUGCAUGAAGUACAAAUUUGCCCAUGGCACUCCAAUUGACAGCGAUCCAUUUGCAGGAAGAAAAGAAAUCCUAUACUUUUUUAAUAACUUGCCUUUCAUAUUCACAAUGUCAUUACUGAUGUAAUUUGCCAAAAAACCUUUGUCUGGCAAUACUUAACCUGUUUGAUGUUCUGUUUAAGGUCAGCCAGUGCAGAUAUGAUGGGCCAAAUGGCCUCUUUCUGUGCUGUAAUCAUUCUGUUGUUUGUUGUGUACUAUUUGUAUUGAAAAGAUCUUAAAUGUUCAGACGACAGAUGAAUGAUUUUCUUGCAUAGCUCCUUAUUUGUUUUACAAGUGAUACUUUCUAAACCUUAAAAUAAUUAGGCUAUUUAAAUUAGGAUUGAUUUAAAUAUAAGUGUCAAUCAUAACAUAUUAUAAAAUGUGCACUGAACAAUUGGACUGUCUUGCAGAUUAGACAGACUGAUCACACAUGACAUGGACUUAUAGUCAUGCCAAAAGUUUUACCUGGGGUAGAACCGUUUAAAACUUUAAAACUAUUUGCUCAGUUGGGAUGACUUAGAAACCCUCUAAAAAUGGUGGACAGGUGCUGCAUUGGGAAUUCCUGACCCCUCUUCUGGGCUGUCUGAUUUUCACCAAGGCCUUUUAAGGUUGAAGGUAUGGGUUAUGGGCUUACUUCCUGCCAUCCUAGUUGACUCCAGCUUGUGAGGCAUGUUCAGCUCCUUUGUAAUUGUUGUGGAAUUGGGAGUUAGAAUUGUGAAGCACAGACUGUACCAGGAAACCUUUUAAAACAUAAGUUCAAGAAGUCCCUCAAAUGCGCAAAAUGCUAAACUGUGACGUUUUUAUGCUGUUUGGUUCAAAGAACCCUAUAGUGCAAAAACGAUACUGUUUCGAAAAAGACUUCUUUUAAAAAAAAGUUCAUAACUUGGCAAUAGUUUUAAAAAGACAUUUUUUUACUACAAAAGUGCUGAUCCAUGCCAUUGAAUGUCUCAAUAACACAAACUACAGCAUUUGUUCUGAAAAAUAUUGUCCUAUUGACAGUAGACAACCAGAGCUGUCAAUAAAACAAUACUUUCCCCAGGAUCAUUUGUUUCAACAGUUUAAUGGAAUCUCAGCUAAGUUGCAUUCUUGAACUCGUGGUCCGUUGGUUCUAUACAGUGCAGUAUUGGCAUAGGGAUUACAGGGGCUGGGUGGAGGGGUAUAGUAUGCCAGGGAAGUAGCUGGGAGAGUGUACAUGGCCUGGGAGCCAUCACCUUUUUCAUUAGAACAAUAUGCAUGACCCUAUGGCACCGAGGUUGCUCUUUUAAACAGCAGGCCUCAGUGCCUUUUGACAGCCUCCAAUACUCCUAGGUGGGCUUGCCCAGCUGCAGACUCACCCCCUUCUCCUCUCCCCCCCCCCACCCGCCCAAAAUGAAGAUUGGCAGGCAAAAUUUCCCAAGGCAUGCACACUAUGCUUGGAAUUUCUGAUUCCUGCUACAUGUCUCAAAAGUUAAAAGUCCAGACUAUUGCCUUCAAUAAAAAUUUGAAUAUUAUGCAGACAUUUAGACUGUAGCUUCAUUUUUUGUGAUCAUCUAAUUCAUAAACAUUUAAAUUUACUUGUUUAAUUAUAGUGAUGGUAUGUAAAGGAUUUUCCAAUUGUUCCACAAAAUUGUUUGAAAGAAGCUAAUUAAAAUUUUAAAUUUGAGUUGGUUUUUAACGUGAGCAUAUGCUUUUAUGUGUCCAAACAAAGAUCAGGACUGAAAAGCAAAAGCAGAUUUGGCAUUUUGCUUCAUUACUUGUGCAUUUUACACCAUGCAUCUUUUCAAUGUUUUAAUGCCAUUAUCCCUUGAAGAGAGACUUUGCAAAAUUCAUUGUUCUAUUCCAUUGAAAAUUAAACAUGUCUGUUCUACUGUUAUCCACAAGAGGUUUUGAGCAGCAGUAGCUUUGAUUAGCAUGUAAUUGAAUUCUGCUAGCUAUUGUUUUCUUUUAUAUGCAAUCCCUGAUCAGUGUAGUUAGGUGUAGAUGACUAGAUUGUAGAGAUUAUCCAAUCACUGACCUUUGGCCUUUUCAGCACUGCAGUGUUAUUUACAGAAACAAACCUCCUUUGUUUGCAUGAGACAAACAUGGAAUAACAUCCAAGUUAAAUACAACAAAGUUGUCACGUUGUGGAAAUGUUCACUUUGGAGGAAACGACUAAGUUGGGGCAGCAAGUGGCCAAGAAAGAUUCAUUUGUAUUAACACAGGUCAUAACAAAAGUCCUUUGUAGCUUUCUUUCAUUUAAUAAAUCAAUUGGAAAUUAUUCUGUCAAAAAUUUCAUUAAGCGUCGUUAGUUGGUUAGAUUGCUGAGAUGAAUUACAGGGGCCAUGUUCUUGACCAGAUGUCAUGGCAUUUAAAGAAAUGCACUGAAAUAUGUAUUUGUCUAGCUGGUAGCUGAAUGUUACAGUAUAGGAUGAUCACAGGUUUAACCCAGCAUCUGCAUUGAGUUAGCUGACCCCUGUCUCACGCGUCCCUGUUUAAAGACUGGAAAAUGAAUUGUGUUCCCACUCCUGCUGACUAUCUCAUUGGAUGAGGCUUAAUCUUCUUUAGAUAUUCCCCCAUCCUUUAUCAUUGGGAUGUAAACAGUAGCCAAAUGGACAAAGUAUCAGGGCAUAGCCAUCCCUCAAAAGGAGAGAAGAGGUUUGCAGGUUUUAUUUAGAAAACUGAAUCUAGUUUCUUUUAUAAUCUUCUAAAACACAUUAAUGAUAUUUUUACAGCCUUAGUAGAUUCCAGGGGACAUGUGAAAGAUAAAGCUUUUGGGACUCAAUUAUUGUGCAUUUGAAUAAUUAACAAAAAAUAACUUGUAAUAUCUAUGUGAAACCAAGUUGAAAGUUAUGUUGAGCUUGCUAAGAACAUUCAAUACUAUCAUAAUUUUAAUUAAAGAAAGAAAAAAAGUGUUUAACUUCUGCAACUGUUUUUGUCUAGAAGUGACAUAUUUAAAAGUUAAACGGUAAUUUGAUUUUUAGACUUUGUUUUAAAAAUUGUUAUUUUUGAGGUGGGCUAUUCAUUUUCAAUUUGUGUUUUAACAAUGGUUUUGUGCAAACUUCUGAUACAGCUUCUGGUUAGCUCUCUUCCAUAAUUCCAUGGCUUGAACCACUAUUUGAAACUGGAAUCAAUUGUUCACCUUAUCAUUCCUAAACCUAGCUGAGAUCACUAAACAUCUGAAUGGCUGGAGUUUAUUCAUGAUUAAUGUGUAGACAUUUAUCUAAAGUGCCAAGAUUAGAGUAAAAAUUGCUUUCUGCAGUCGCUUUAUAUUUUACUAUUAAUGUGGUCAGGUUAAUAUCACUGUCAUAGAUUUGUAACUACUGGCAAGUUGAUUUUUUGCAACCAGUUGUAAUUCAGCAUUGAAACAGUGUUAGUGACUAAAAUAAAAAUGAUAUGAACUUAAAAA